UUUCUAUCUCUAUUUUGAAUUCAAGAAAACAAAUUAUAUAAAGGUCGAUUUCUUUUUUACACAUGAAAUGAAGUUUAAAAUACUUUUACUGGUGAUAAAUUAGAGUGGACUUGUUUAUUUUAAGGUUUAAUAGUUAAUUACUUCCUUGAAAACUGCAGCCUGCAGUUUUUUUUUUUUUUUUGUAAAAAGCAAAAAGCAAAAAGUAAAGCAAACGGACUUCAUCUAAGGAAUAAAUGCCUAGACAGAAUAUUUAUUUCUAAAUGAUAAUGAUCUUUUAUACAUUAAAGUAAUUAUCAACUCUUUCAAAAUGAAGAUAUUUAUUCCUUUCCUGUUGUUUAUGAAAAGAAGAAUGAAAUGCCAAACAACGUUUUUAUGUUUUUGGUUGGCUUUUGCAACACAAGUUAGUCAAGUAAAAAUAUUAAAUGGAUAUGAGCACGAUUCUGUUUCAACUGAUAAUCUCAUGACAAAUUCGACAAAACGAAUGACUUUUCCUAUUCCGGAUGAGGAUGACCAAGACGAUAGUAACCAAAUUUCAAACUUAUUAGAAGUCGACCCAACUGAUGAAGAAAUAGACAAUAUAUUUGACGGAAUAAAUAGUCCAAAAAACCCCGACAGUGACAUUCAAAACAGUUACAAAUACAAGCUGCCAAUGACGGCUUUUACAAAAACUAUAAAAGAAAAUAAAAAUAAUGAUAUUGAUGAUGAUUUAGAUGAUAAAUCUAGUGAAAAUAAUGAUGAAGACUUAAGCUCUGAUAAUCUUUCACCAAGAGAAUCUGUAAAUAAUGGUAUUUAUAAUCAACAGCAACAUUAUGGUUCAUUAAAAUUUGGAAUCUCAAAAAUCAAUAACGUUGAAACUAAUGAUCAAAUUCGUAAUUAUGUUGAUAACGAUGAAAACUAUCAAAAUAAGGAAUUAAAUCCACGUGAUGAACGAAAUCUAGAUGAGAAGGAACGUUAUUUUAUCAACAAAGAGAAAAAAUCUCGGGAGGAAGAAGAUGAGGAAGAAAAAGAAAAAAAUCUCAAUAGAUAUAAUCAAAUUAAUUCUCUCAAAAGACACCCGUUGGAUGAAGAAUAUAUUCUUCGUCAUGAUAGAGAACCAUUUCAGGAAAACUUUUCACCUGAUGAUUCCGUUGAAAGAUCUAAUCAAAUCUAUAGCACAAAAAAACUUGUUUUAAUGCAAAUGAAUAAUCCUAUAUUCAAAAGCUCACUAAAUACUGAAAAGAUACACCCUUUACAUACAGCUAGAACGAACAGCUUUGAUGCAGUAAACAAUGACUUUUUCAGAGAAUUUAGAGAACAAGAAACGCGUAGAAAUCCUUAUGAACAUAAUAUCUAUCACUUAAAUGAUCAUAGUUUAUUUUCUGACAGUUCUAAAAAUAAUGAUGACUACCAUCAAAGCCAAGAAAGAUUCGAUACAAAACACCAUCUAAACAUUCAAUCUUUAGAUAAAAUUAAUAACCCGCUUCUUCUUGAUGAGAAACUUAGUAAUGAUGAUAAUAAUCUAGGAAAUUUUGAAGAGAGCCAAGAGAACAAUGUUAACAACAAGUUAAACAAUCAGAAGGAAAAUAAUUUUGACAAAUCAAAUAACGAUAAUCGAUUGGCAAUUAAUGAUAAUCAUAUGAUAAACAACGAUAACCGUAAAUAUAAUGAUAUGGAAUUGUCACAAAGCAUAAGUAGAAUAAUAAACUUAAUUAAAAAUGAAUACAAUAUGAAUGAUGUAAGAAAAGAUUCGGAAAAUGAAAAUCAAAACUUAUUUGAUGAAAGGCAAAGUAGCCAAGAAAAUAUCAAAGAAACUGGGAAGUUAAAGAAGAACAAUUUUCGCUAUGAAUACUUGAGCCAAUUGUACAAAUUACUUGAAAAAUUUCGUUCCGACAACAAUCAAAACUUAAACAACAAUAAUGAAAACAGCGAUAGAUUGCUAAGAAAAGUUUCAAAUGAGUAUUUGUCAUCAGAACCAAAUCAAAGAGAAAGUUCUCGUUUUAAAGAAGAUAUCCAUCAGUUUGUUUAUAAAAGACCUUUUCUUAAAAAUAAUAAUAUAAAGGAAUUCCAAACAAUACCUAAUUAUGGAAUAGCUGACAAGAUAAACCUAGAUAGACUAGAUGCUUCUAAUGAUUUUUUAACUAAAGAAAUUAACAAAAUUGCCAAUAAUAUUGGUUUGCUACAAAUGGCGAAAGAAAAACCUGUAGAUUCUCUUAGCUCUGAGUUUACAAAUGAUAUAAAGAGCCAUAACUCUUAUGAUAGCUCUCAAGGGUAUUAUCAAAGAAAUCAACAUAAUAACUUUAUGCCUUAUGAUGGGCAAUCAGAUAAUAUUCAAUCUUUUCAAGAAAUGAAUAAAAAGCCAUAUCAGUUUGAUCAUAAAUUUGCACACAAAAUAAAGAACUCUGAGUUAUUUAGAGAUUCUUUGUUGCGUGUUAAAAAAUUAAAUCACCGGCCAUUAGAUGUUAAUGAAAAUGAGAUUUCGAAUAAAAAGACAAGAAUGUACAACUAUAUGCCCAUACCUUCCCUGAAAGAUCACGAUAAAGAAAGUGAUGACCUAAGAAGUAAUGAUCAAUCAAGAAAUAAUAACGCUGAGACUGUCAGUUAUUUCAAAAAUCGAGAUGAGCCUUCUUCAUUUGAUGUUAUAAAUGAUGAACAAAAAAAUGGAUUUCGAGAUGCGGAUAGAAAAAAUUUGGUACCAAGUACGAAUCGUUCUAGUGAAUCCAGUGAUCUACUUAUAAUUAGUGGUUAUAAAAAGAAUUUUUUGGAUCCAGUAACAAAUAAAAAGGCAACCACAAAUUCAACAUCAAGUUUGUAUGCUCAAAAUAUACAGCAUAGAGAAUAUAUUUUUAGAGUUCCUGUAAGUUUAAAUAAAACCUCAGCAGAAUCAAAAAGAUUUCAUAUUCAUCAUAUUGGAGAUUAUGUCCAAAGACCCGAUUUAAUGAAUAAUAGUGUUACGAUUUUAGAAGAUAUUGCAUUUACAAACAAAAUCGUUGAUAAUUUAAGUUCUGGUAAAGAUAUUAAACAUGUAUCUGGUAUAGAUCAAGUCCAUGUUAAAGGUCGUUAUGGAAAUCAUCAUUUUGAUGAGUCAGCAGGGAAACCCUAUCAAUAUGGUCAAAAACCCAUUUCUGGGCAUUGGAAAAAGUCAACUGCAUCAAAAGUCUAUCCCACAACAAAUUCUACGCAAGAAAGUUUAAAAAAAAAAGAAUGGGAUGAAAAACACUCAAAAUCAGUCAACUUUAAAACAUCGAAGGUAAUUAGUGUAUCAAAAAAAGAAAACAAUAAUCGAAGACAUUUAGGUGAUCACAUUCAAAGACCAGAUUUGGCUUUUAAUGGAAUAACGAUCCCAGAAGACAUUGCAAUCACAAAUUCAAUAGUCAAUAGUUUGAGCUCUGGUAAAGAUAUCAAACACAUAGCUGGCAUUGAUCAUGUUCGUGUUAAAGGUCAUUAUGGACCGUAUCAUUUUGAUGAAUCUGCAGGAAAGCCGUAUCGUUAUGAACAUCAUUCAUAUCCAAGACAGUGGAAGAAAAAUAUUGUUCUUCAAAAUCAAUCUAAAUCAAAAUUUAAUAAUUCAUUUAAAUCUUCAUUUAAAAGUGUCCACAUACAAAAUGUUUAUCACCAAAAUAUCUACAAUAUUUCUCCAGAUAGAAUUGAAACACAUUUCCAUACUCUUUCACAAAGAAUACCAAAUAAAGAUUUUUAUCACCCAUCAUACAACCGAAAGAAUAAGUUAUCCAGCAGUUAUGUUGUUGAAAAGAAUGUUAAUAACUUAAAUAAUAAUAAAGAUAUUGCAGGUAUGAAAGGAACUGAUCGAAUUCGGGUUAAAAUGCAUCAUGGGAACAUACUUUUUGAUCAGCAUGCAAAAUCUUACCGGUAUGGUUAUCAUCAUCAUUUUUUUCCUAAAAAAUUUAGAAAUCAUAAAAAAUCCCACAACAUCAGUGUAAAGCAUUAUCUGGAUAAUUCAGCAGUUAAUAACAAUCUACCAAAUAGGAACUUGCUGAGACUUGAAAAAAAGAGUAGUAUUAAAAAUAAUCACGAUGGAAAAGCAUAUAGAAGACAAAUUUUUACAAGAGUACAACAUCCCCACCAUCUUGUCAUAGAUAAUGUACCUGUUCACUAUAAUGGGCAAAGAUUUGGAAAUGGUGAACCAGAGUAUAUUUUAGAUCAAAACUAUCAAGUGCCAGCAAGGUUCAGAAAUUAUGGAAGGGUACCAUUUUCUUUAGCAAAUCUACAAAUGACCCUUUUAAAUAACAAUAUUCAUGGAAGAGGACACUCAUUUGAUCAGUUAUUUCAAAGUGUUCCAAAUCCCCCUAUUCCACGACAGGUGUUUAACCAUCUUAUUGGAGAGCGAAAUCCAUAUAAAAUUGAAGAUUCAGGUGAAGCAAUAAUAGCAUCUGCUGACCCAAUUUUGGAGAGAUACAAUCCUGGACAGGAAUAUUACAAUGGGAUUGAUACUAACAUUUUGUUACCAAUCGGAAAACCUUUUUCAUUGUUAAACAAGAAUACAAAAUAUGGGUAUACAAGUAAUAGUAUUCAGGUUCCAACUAAUGAUUUAGUAACUGAAAAGAUUCUUAAUUACUUGAGUGCUGGUUACGACAUCAAAGACAAUUUUAAUGUUGCUAAAGGAAUACUAAGUGAUCAAUUGGCUCCACCAGCAUUAUUUUUUAAAGAACAGAAAAGAAAAGAGUUAAAAUCAUCUAGUGCUUCUAAUGUAGCUAAUGGAAAUUUAGAUGAUGGAUUUAAUGAAAAUUUUCCAGACAUGGAACCAAUUCUGAGAGGAUAUCAUCAUCAUAAUCACCGCCAACUCUCAAAACAUCAAAAAAUCAAGAAUAAUAUUCAUCAAUCGAAAUCUCAUGAUGUUUCAUUAGAUGUCAGUCAUGUGUUUGAUCAUGAAGACAGUUUUAAUUUUGCUCCAUCAAAAGGAGUUGUUGUGCCAGAAAAAGAUGCAAGAAAAAUUGGUUUGUAUGACAAAGAUUAUCUUGAGAAAUUGGGUGUGUGGGAUGAUUUCAAGUCACAUCCUUCUACAUGGAUUGAUGCUAUUCUUAGAGAUAAUGAUGCUUGGGGGACAAAAGGAGCAUUCAUGGCAGAAACAAGAGGAUUUAACAGCACAUUGCCAAGUAAUUUAACAAUAUGUCGGGUUCCAGCUGAUGUUGCUUUUUUGUUUGAUGGUUCAUUAGGUAAUGAAAAUAAAGAAAAAUACUUCAAUAGGUAUAUAGAGUUUGCUAAACAAGUUGUAGAUUAUCACCCACCUUCAAUGCAAGGCUACCAUUAUGGAGCUGUUGUAUACAGUGAUACUGCAGAAUUAAAGUUCAAUUUUGACUUAGCGUAUGAUGUAAGUGGUGUAUUAGAAGGGUUUGAAGAUAUAAAAAGAACAUUUACUUCAUUUAAAGAAGGCUCAAGAGUUGAUUUAGGGCUUCAAGCAAUAAAAGAACUAUUUGACAAAAGUGGUAGAGACUGGGUUUCUCAGGUAUUGAUAGUUUUGACAGAUUCUAAGAGUACUGAAGGCGUAGAGGUUAUUGCACAAUCAUUGAGAGACUCAACAGUCAGCAUAUUUGUGAUUGGUUUGGCAAAUAAAGAUAGUCACUCAGACAUUGGUCAAAUGGAGAAAAUUGCUUCUCAACCUACUCAACAUCAUGUUUUCCAGAUAGAUAUAAAAAAGCUUUUAGGAACAAAUGAGAAUGUAGCAUAUCCACAACAUCUUGCACGAGUAAUUCCUUACAAAAUAUGCAGAAUGAACUUAGCGUUUGUGGUGGAUAUGAAAGGUAGUGAAGUAUCAAGAUUAUCCGCUAUAAAAGACUUUAUCAAAACUGUCACAUCUGAUCUUGGAAUGGGUUUAUAUGGGAGUCAUGUUUCUGUGGUUGGGUAUGGUGGAAAAGCAAAAAAAUCAGGGUGGGAUUUUGCCAGAUUUAUUUUGUGUGGCUCUACACCAACUUGUAACUUAGAUCGUGCUGAAUACUUGAAAUCUGUUGAUAAUCUGGAGUCAGAGGUUGGAAAAGAGAGCGAUGCUGGUUCAGCACUGGAAAAGGUUUUUGGAUUUUAUUUUGAUCACUCAAACAAUGGACAAGAGUAUUGGAAUUAUUUGAAUGUAACUGUUAUUUUAACUGAUCGUAAGUUAGAUGGACCAUAUGAGACUGUAGCUCGUAAAUUACGCAAUCAUGGAGUUAUAAUACAUGCAGUUGGUUGGUUGGAUGCAAAUAAAGGUUUAGCUAGAAAUACAUUAGCUGAAGCAGCAAGUGAUUCAGAUGACUUUUAUUUGCAUACUCACACUGGCAUACUUGCACUGGAAAAUGUUGCACGUAGAAUGAAGCAAUACUUUUCUUUGCUGCUAUUUGGUCAUGAGUCAUACAAAAGUAAGGUGAUUGGUGGAUGGGAAGAGGCUGAAUCUAAAAAUCUUUUAAAAAAUGUGUCAAAACUGGAAAACCAUCGGAAAGUUAAAUCGGCUAAAAAAAAAACGAAAUUUCAUUUUUCUAAAAAAUUACAACAAACUUUUUCUACUAUUGAUUCAAAGAAAAACUUGUCAACAAAUGUUAAUGGUUUAAGUAAUUUGCCAGGAUUUUGGAAUGAUUCUAAUACAAUCGAGAAAGCAUCUGACAGCGCUAAUAGUUUACAUAGCAUGCUUCAUGCAUGGAAAAGUCAUUUGUUUGAAAAUGAGACUCAGUAUAAAAAAAAGAUUUUGAAUAAAACAGUGAGUUCAUCUGAGAACAAAGAUAAGGAACUGUUGUGGAGUAUAUCUGAUGACUCUAUUCUUCGACACAAGCUUCUGCAACAGUUAAUAAAAAGUUUUCAAAUCAAUGAUAAAUCGAAAACAGAAUCGUUAAAGGAUGUCGAUGUCCAUGCAACGUCUUCAAAAGUAUUACAGGCAUCUAAUGAUACUAUUGAUAAACUUAUAAAUAAAGGUGGUGAUGAUGAAAUCUCCAAAAAAUUGAAUGAGCAAUUUGAGAAAUUUUGAAUUGACAUGAAAAUAAGUUUAUGCCAAACUGGAUUUAAUUUGUUCAUGCAAUUUGAAUGAUCAGAUUCACAUUAAAAUGGCUAUUUAAAAACUUCUGUUUUCGCACUAUGUCGUAUAUUGAAAAUUUUAUUAAUUGGUUAGGGGUAAGAUGAAUCGGAAAUCAUUAUAUCGCAUAACGAUGCUAUAAUAUAUUUUGGAUCAUUCCAUACGAUUCAUUAAGUACCGUGUAGUUCUUAAAGUUACUUGUAAGAUAAUAAAUGGUCGAUUAAUUGAUCGAUUGAAUUUAUAACUGGAAAAA